AUGGCUGGGCGGGGGAGGCCGGGGGAGGGUGGGGGAGGUCUGCGUUCGCCCCAACAUUGUUUCCACUGUUUGGAUGACUCGGCAGCAGCUCCGACCUCUUCGUCAGAAAAAUCAGAAACAGAGAAAGCAGUUCUUGCAGCGAGGGCCCGGGAUCAUAACGAGCCACUGAGGGCUCAGGAUCAUAACGAGUCACUGAAGGCUCGGGAUCAUAACGAGUCACUGAGGGCCCGGGAUCAUAACGAGUCACUCAAGGCCCGGGAUCAUAAUGAGUCACUGAAGGCCCGGGAUCAUAAUGAGUCACUGAGGGCCUGGGAUCAUAAUGAGUCACCGAAGGCCCGGGAUCAUAACGAGUCACUGAGGGCCCGGGAUCAUAACGAGUCACUGAAGGCCCGGGAUCAUAACGAGUCACUGAAGGCCCGGGAUCAUAACGAGUCACUGAAGGCCCGGGAUCAUAACGAGUCACUGAGGGCCUGGGAUCAUAACGAGUCACUGAAGGCCCGGGAUCAUAACGAGUCACUGAGGGCCCGGGAUCAUAACGAGUCACUGAGGGCUCGGGAUCAUAACGAGUCACUGAGGGCCCGAGAUCAUAACGAGUCACUGAAGGCUCGGGAUCAUAAGGAGUCACUGAGGGCCCGGGAUCAUAACGAGUCACUGAGGGCCCAUGAUCAUAACGAGUCACUGAAGGCCCGGGAUCAUAACGAGUCACUCAAGGCUCGGAAUCAUAACGAGUCACUGAAGGCCCGGGAUCAUAACGAGUCACUGAAGGCCCGGGAUCAUAAUGAGUCACUGAGGGCCUGGGAUCAUAAUGAGUCACUGAGGGCCUGGGAUCAUAAUGAGUCACUGAGGGCCCGGGAUCAUAACGAGUCACUGAAGGCCCGGGAUCAUAACGAGUCACUGAAGGCCCGGGAUCAUAACGAGUCACUGAAGGCCCGGGAUCAUAAUGAGUCACUGAGGGCCUGGGAUCAUAAUGAGUCACUGAGGGCCCGGGAUCAUAACGAGUCACUGAAGGCCCGGGAUCAUAACGAGUCACUGAAGGCCCGGGAUCAUAACGAGUCACUGAAGGCCCGGGAUCAUAACGAGUCACUGAGGGCCUGGGAUCAUAACGAGUCACUGAGAGCCCGGGAUCAUCCUGCUCUAAACUCUGAAGUUCAGCCCAAACAUACUCCUCUCGUGUUUCUGUGA